UGGGCGCGUCCCCGCUGUGAGGAAGAACAGAACAGAACAGAGGAGAGGAGAGGAGAGGGUUGGGAAUGAUCAGGAGUUCUGACAGUUUCUUCUGAGAACCCGCACGUUCCUCCGCUGAGGAGCUUCAGGCAUGGUCCUCAUCCAGCUGCAGUACAUGAUCUGUGUAGCUGUGAGGAAUGAAGUACUGGUUGAUGUGGAGAAGCUUUAACAGCAGCAGCAGCAGUGAUCAUAACAAACCUCUGCAGUGUGAAGGCACUGAGACUCGGGGCUUCAUGGAUGUGUUCUCAGGAGAACCCUGUACACUGUACUGUUCUACAGGUUAAUGUUAGAAAUCAGGAGACAUACCAGCAGUUCCUGCAUGACCAGUUUAAUCGGAGAGCUCUGGCCCGGAGGUUGAGUGUUAGCCAUGUCGCAGCAGGACCUAGUCACAGCCAGCACACUGCAACUGGUGGCCACAGACAUGACUGAAAUCAUGGAGAACCUCGACACACGUGAGCUGGACAUCGGAGAGGGCGAGGAUGAGUUUGAAGGACCAGGAGCUAACAGUGCAGAAGCUCGUAUCCCAUUCUCUGUUAUCUACAAGAUGAAGGGAUUUAAAGAACCGGAAGCUCAAGUGUUCCUCACGUCAUUUCCCAUUACUGCCAAAAUCCUGGAGGUGGAGCGCUUUGCCUGUGCUCAGGACCGCUUCAACAUUACCAAUCAGAGGAGUGUGUCGAAGAAACUUCCUGCAGUUUUCCGGAUUGAGAUGAGACACGGGAACUUCACCUGGAUAGUGAAGCGGAAGGAGAAGCACUUCAUGGAGCUGCACAGAGAGUUACGGACCUACAAAGCCUUCCUGAAGAUUCCUAUACCCACUCGCACUCACACGGAGCGGAGGCAGACGGUCAGAUACACACGACAGAUGCCCACGUUACCGCGUGGCGGGGGAGACGAACUCGCGCGAGAGGAGCAAGUGUCCAGCCGGAAGCGCCAGCUCGAGGAUUAUUUAAACAAGCUGCUGAAAAUGCCUCUGUACAGAAACUACCAUGCCACCAUGGAGUUCAUUGAAGCGAGUCAGCUGUCCUUCAUUCAUGAUUUGGGACCAAAAGGCUUAGAGGGCAUGGUGUAUAAAAGGUCAGGAGGUCACCGGAUUCCUGGACUCAACUGCUGCGGCCACAGUAAAGUCUGUUACCGCUGGUCCAAACGUUGGUUGGUGGUGAAAGAUUCUUUCCUGCUCUACAUGAAGCCCGACUCCGGCAGCAUCUCCUUCGUCCUCCUGGUGGAUAAAGAGUUCUGUGUGAAAAUGGACUCUAAAGACACGGAGACAAAACACGGCAUUCGCGUGGACAGUUUGUGCAGGAACCUGGUUCUAAAGUUCUCCAGUUUCCGUCACGCCCGCUGGUGGGGUCAGGCCAUCGACGACUUUGUGCACAAAUACGGCAGCGCCUUCCUCCAGGACCAUCGCUUUGGUUCCUUCGCCAAUGUGCAGGAGAACAUCCCCUCCAAAUGGUAUGUGAACGGUAAAACGUACAUGGAGGACGUAGCUACAGCACUGGAGGCAGCUGAGGAGGAGAUCUUCAUCACAGACUGGUGGCUGAGUCCGGAGAUUUUCCUCAAAAGGCCAGUUGUUGAAGGAAAUCGCUGGCGUCUGGACUGCAUUCUUAAACGCAAAGCUCAAAAAGGAGUUCGGAUAUUUGUUCUGCUCUAUAAGGAAGUGGAGCUCGCGCUCGGGAUCAACAGUGAAUACAGCAAGAGGACGCUGCACCAGCUUCACCCCAACAUCAAGGUGAUGCGACAUCCUGACCAUGUCUCCUCCUCCGUCUAUCUGUGGGCUCAUCAUGAGAAGCUUGUGGUAAUCGACCAAUCUGUGGCGUUUGUGGGUGGGAUUGAUUUGGCGUACGGGCGCUGGGACGAUCGAGAACACCGGCUAACGGACGUGGGGAGCGUGACGAGAACCCUCAACACGUCUGCAGAGAACGUAACGGAAGCGUCUCUCUCCAUGGCGUCUCCUUCAAACGGUCCAGUACAGAGUAACGGCAAAAACUCCGGCAGGGAUUUGGAAGAUCAGCCCAAGCUCCGAGGUCAUGGGAAAACCAGGAAAAGUCGCUUUAGUAUCAGGAAACGCCUGCAGAGACACGGGCUGGUGCACGGCGACAGUGUGAGCAGCGCCGAGAGCUCCGAGGAAAACGCAGAAUCGGCUCAGGACCUGCAGGCCGACGUCAUUGGUCUGAUGGGGAACACGCGGUUCUGGCACGGCAAAGAUUACUGUAACUUUGUGCACAAGGACUGGAUCCAGCUGGACAAACCGUUCGAUGAUUUCAUCGACAGACACAUAACUCCCAGAAUGCCAUGGCACGACAUCGCCUCGGUGGUUCACGGGAAAGCUGCGAGAGACGUCGCGAGGCACUUUAUUCAGCGCUGGAAUUUCACCAAGAUCAUGAAACCGAAGUACCGGUCAUACCCGUACCUCCUCCCCAAAUCCCACACCACCGCCACCGAGAUCAAGCACCAGGUCCCGGGCUGCGUUCACACUAAAGUUCAGGUGUUACGAUCUGCGUCUGAUUGGUCCGCUGGUAUAAAGUACCAUGAAGAGUCCAUCCACAACGCCUACGUCCACGUGAUCGAGAACAGUAAACACUACAUCUACAUUGAGAACCAGUUCUUUAUAAGCUGCGCUGAUAAUAAGCUCGUCUACAAUAAGAUCGGAGACUCCAUCGCUCAGAGGAUCAUCAAAGCCUACAGGGAGGGUACGAAGUACCGUGUGUAUGUCGUUACUCCUCUCUUACCUGGAUUUGAAGGAGACAUUAAUACCGGAGGAGGAAGUGCCCUCCAGGCCAUCAUGCACUUCAACUACAGAACGAUGGUUAGAGGAGAACAUUCUAUCAUGUCGCAGCUGAAAAAAGAGAUGGGAGAUCUGUGGAUGAACUACAUCUCAUUCGGGGGACUGAGGACUCACGCUGAACUGGAGGGAAAACUGGUGACUGAGUUAAUUUAUGUCCACAGCAAAAUGCUCAUCGCAGACGACAACACGGUCAUCAUCGGUUCGGCGAACAUUAAUGACCGCAGUAUGUUGGGAAAGCGGGACAGUGAAGUGGCUGUUAUUUACGAGGACACAGAGACUGAGACGUCUGUUAUGGACGGACAGGAAUAUCAGGCAGGACGUUUCGGACUGCAACUCCGUCUGGAAUGUUUUAGGACGAUCCUCGGCGCUCACACAGACUCCAGCAUCGAUAUCUCAGACCCCAUCAGUGACCAUUUCUACAAGGAGGUGUGGAUGACCACUGCAGCUCGCAAUGCCACCAUCUACCAGAAGGUGUUCCGCUGUUUGCCGUCAAGUGAUGUGAGGACAAGCCUGGAGCUGGAAGGAUUUCUGUCCAAGUCCGGUUUGGAUAAAGAUGAUCCUCUGAAAGCUCAGGAGGAGCUCCAUAAAAUCCGAGGCUUCCUCGUCCAUUUUCCUCUCUACUUCCUGAGCGAGCAGAACCUUCUCCCACCCAUCGGUUCUAAAGAGGCAAUGGUACCCAUGGAGGUGUGGACCUGAGAGACAGAGCAGGUUCCUCCUGCAGAGGGUUUAUCUCAGGAGGCUUCUGAGCGUCUGCUCGUGGAUUUUAAGGAUUUAGAGGAGAUUUGUCGAGUUGUGAUGUGACUCUGUGUUUUCACUCUGUGGGAAAAUUCAUUCUUGUCUAACACUAUGCAAAUGGAACCUGUACGCCAGCAAACACACGGAGAGGAACGUGUUUUAUCUCCUCAGUAUCUUCACACAUUCCACAAAAUACCUUCUUGUUUGUUUCUCGUGUCAGCAUGCAUUUGUUUGUUUGUUUUUUUGCUCUGCAGUUCCAUGGCUUCAAGCACAAAGUGCCAAACGUGAGAACCUUUAUAUGCCGAAUGUGGGAUGUAAUCUAGCUUUGACUGUGGGCCUUGUACAUCGCCUUAUUUAAAAUCUUCACUGUACUGGACGUAAAAGUCGGCCAUAUUUACACACACACCUGUAUGCAUUUAAUUCAUCUUCCUGCUUUUCUGUACGCUGAUGAGUUUAAAGCCAUCAGGACUUUCUUAUUAAGUGCCUCGGGAAGUUUCGGAGAAAGAAACUGCACGUUUGUGGCGUUUAAACUUAAACAGACAUUCCCGCCUUUAAUUAUUAUUAUUAUUAUUCGUAAUAAUCAGAGCCCAUUGUGAUUGUAAAAUUAUUAUCAUUCAGAUAUUUAUGGACAUUUUUACUCCAUUUAAGCUUGAAAUUGUCUCGUUCCAGUGGCAGAUCUGUCAUUUGCACUUGUGUAUAGAAUAUCAGUGAAAUAAAACUAUUUCAAGGUUAAAAUUAGUCAAAAAUGAAAAGAAAAACAUUCUUAUUCGGCUUUAUAAGAUAUUAUAUGACCUCACCUAGAUUUUUAAACUAUUAAUUAAACAUUUAAUUAUAAAUAAAAAAACAUUUAGACUGAUUAUAUAAUAUUCUGAAAUCAUUCAUACUAAACUUUAAAUCUGCAUUAUUACAAUUUUACGAAGGAAUCUGAGAAUAAAUGCAGCGCAGGAACUCCACGGGACGUGGAGUAAUGGAUCUGUGCGAUGAGUGAAAGGACGUGAUGAUGAAUGAUUAAUGUGUAUUUUGAUCUCCGUGUUAAGACAGCAGUUUGAAUGUUGGUGUACAGGAAGUGGAUGUUGUAAAUCAGGAGUGGAGUCACACCUGAUGACGGCAAAAUGUUGAUUAUUUUAUGUUGUUUUAUGUUUCACAGAAAAUCAGUUGUCAAAAAACAGCCUUUAAUGAGUGUGUAUUAAUAUGCAUUAAUGGGAUUAAAACUAUUUUCUUGUGAUUUGUAAACUUUA